UCGCUUUCCCUCUACUAAGAAGAGCCGUUUACCAUCGCGCUCUUCAAUUUGUCGAUUCCAAAACCCUAAUCCGUAAAACCCUCUAUUCUUUUUUACCUUCGGAGUCCUCCUAUUCGAUAUUUCGAUCCAAGAUGAGUCGGCCAAUGGAAGAGGAUGCCCCUGCGAAGAAUGAGGAAGAGGAAUUCAACACUGGCCCACUUUCUGUUCUUAUGAUGAGUGUUAGAAACAACACUCAGGUGCUCAUAAACUGCCGGAACAACAGAAAGCUUCUGGGCCGUGUCAGGGCUUUUGAUCGUCACUGCAAUAUGGUGCUGGAAAAUGUUAGAGAGAUGUGGACUGAGGUUCCAAAGACUGGCAAAGGGAAAAAGAAAGCACUUCCUGUUAACAAGGACAGGUUUAUUAGCAAGAUGUUCCUUCGUGGAGAUUCAGUGAUCAUUGUUCUCAGAAAUCCUAAAUAGAAGGUAACUACUGCAACAAUAUUUCUCCUGGCACUGGCCUACAUAGGAGCAAUAUGGCAUUUUGGUUUAAUGUGGACUCAUUGUAUGAUAUUUUAGAGCUGACUUUGCCUUAUAAUGUACUAUUAGUCUUGCUAUUGCUGCUAUGUGUACUGUUCUUAGUUGAAGAAUUUGUCGGGAUGUGUGUUAGAUUUGUGAGGGAGAUUUUGUAAUCAUGCUUAAGUGAAUCAAAUGUGUAUCAGUUGUGGAGCUUUUGUAUGGAGUAUUUUGGAAAAAUGUUCAAA